CUGACAACACCAGCUCAGACUUUCAGACACAGUGGCAAUUCCGUUAUUUCCUCAUCAUGCUGUGUCGUUUCAUCAAGGUGCAUGCGUAGCACAGAAUCACACCCUCCUGCCUCUAUUACCUAUUCACGACGCCUUCAUUAUACACACGCUCUCACACCCAUCAACUAAAGCUUAGCCUUUUCCUUCUUCUCAGAAACCACCGUCACCAGGCGCCGAAAAACGACGGCGUUUUCUGCAACCGCUACUUUUUCCGAUUCCAUGUGUUUUCCAUACUUAGCCGCCGCCGCCGUACGCCGCCUUAUCUGACGGAUGGGUUGCGUACUUGGGACGCCGGCAGAUGCCGGAGCUCAGCGCCGUCGACGGAGCGGCCAGCGUAACGUUGGUUCUGAUGGAGGUAGUAAUGCCGUUGCGGUUCGGGAGAGGAAAAGGAAUCCUCACACCGGCGAUUUUCCGGGAAGUCUUCCGGCGCCGGAGCGCCGGAAACCUAGACUCGAUCCGUGCGCGGUGACUCAACAGGGUUGGCCGUCUUGGUUGAUGGCCGUCGCCGGCGACGCAAUCGGCGAUUGGACUCCUCGUCGCGCCAACACGUUCGAGAAGCUUGCUAAGAUUGGGCAAGGGACGUAUAGCAAUGUGUAUAAGGCUAGAGACCUUCUUACGGGAAAGAUUGUGGCUUUGAAGAAAGUUAGAUUUGAUAAUUUGGAGCCAGAAAGUGUGAAGUUCAUGGCAAGAGAGAUACUUGUUUUGAGGAAGCUUGAUCACCCCAAUGUUGUAAAGCUUGAGGGCUUGGUUACUUCUAGAAUGUCAUGCAGUCUUUACUUGGUAUUUGAGUAUAUGGAACAUGAUCUUGCUGGGCUUGCAGCUGGGCAAGGUGUUAAGUUCACUGAGCCUCAGGUCAAAUGCUUUAUGAAGCAAUUACUUUCUGGUCUUGAGCAUUGCCACAGUCGAGGUGUAUUGCACCGUGAUAUCAAGGGUUCCAAUCUGCUUAUUAACGAUGAAGGAAUCCUUAAAAUUGCAGAUUUUGGGCUGGCAACUUUCUUUGAUCCUAAGCUAAAGCAGUCCAUGACAAGCAGAGUUGUGACCCUUUGGUAUCGUCCCCCUGAGCUUCUUCUUGGGGCAACAUUUUAUGGGGUUGGUAUUGACCUUUGGAGUGCUGGUUGCAUCUUGGCAGAGCUGCUUGCUGGAAAGCCAAUCAUGCCUGGCCGAACAGAGGUUGAACAACUGCACAAAAUAUUUAAGCUGUGUGGUUCUCCAUCUGAGGAAUAUUGGAAGAAAUAUAGAUUGCCAAAUGCUACAAUCUUUAAGCCACAGCAGCCAUAUAGACGUUGCAUCUCCGAAACAUUCAAGGAUUUUCCUCCUUCUUCACUACCUAUAAUUGAAACUCUUCUUGCAAUAGAUCCUGAUGAUCGUGGCACUGCCUCAGCUGCUCUAAAUAGUGAAUUCUUUACCACUGAGCCAUAUGCUUGUGAACCUUCGGGUUUGCCAAAGUAUCCUCCCAGCAAAGAAUUGGAUGUGAAACUGAGAGAUGAAGAAGCAAGAAGGCAAAAAGCUCUAAGCGGAAAAGCUAAUGCUGUUGAUGGUACCAAGAAAGUCAGAACACGUGAGCGUGGUCGGGCCAUUCCAGCCCCCGAAGCCAAUGCAGAGAUCCAAACAAACUUAGAUAGGUGGAGAGUUGUGACCCAUGCAAAUGCAAAAAGCAAGAGUGAGAAAUUUCCACCUCCUCAUCAAGAUGGAGCUGUUGGAUAUCCGCAGGAGGCAUCAAAUAAAGGACCCAUUUCAUUUGGCGCCACUGACACUUCUUUUGACUCAGGGAUAUUCAUUUCAAAACCAUCUGGACCUGUUAGAAGUCAUGCUGCUGCAGGACUUUACAGAGGAACCAAAACUAGAAAAGAAGAUUCCCAGAUGGCCUCGUCAUGGAAAUUUAUGCGUCCAUUCAAGCCAUCAACUAUUGGUCUUUCAAUGGAUUUAUUAUUUAGGAGCAAAUAAUCUGUUCCUUUUGAUUUUUGCAUCCUAGAAUGAGGAAAGGAAUGAUUUUGGCCCUGAUAUAUCUUUUUUUGCAUUUCCCGGUGUUUUUCAAAAACAAAAAAAAAAAUUAUUUAUUUGGUGUUGCUCCUAUUUUUUGUAUUUCAUUUGGCAUAAAGUUGUUGCUGUAUAAUCUACAACGGGGAUCCUUACAUUUGUACAUUUAGAGGAUUAAAUCCA